CCGACAUUCGCGGAUAAGUUACGCUUUCGGCGAUUUUGUCAGCGCAACAGGCAACGAUCACACUUCAAACAUUGAGCCACAUUCUUUCCUUGUUAAUUACAGGUUUGCAGCUCUUAUUUUGCCACUUGCACAUCGUAACAAAACUUCAAUCUUGAGAAUAUCCCAUACUUUGAUAUAUCUGCCAUGUUAUCAGCACUUUCCUAUGUGUGCGCGCUUGUUGGGACAAUCCCACUUGGUUUUGGUAUCAACGCGUUCAUACGCCCCGAACACGCACUUAGCUUCUUCAAUAACUCGUCAAUGCCAACUGAGAACCAUGAGCUUGUUUCAGCAUUAUUGAUGGUCUACGGUAUAAGAGACAUAUUCAUGGGCAUUUCAAUUUAUGCAACAGCAUUCUUUGGCAAUAGGAGGGCAAUGGGAUUGGUUAUGAUUGCAGGUUUUGCUUGCGCAAUGGUAGAUGGGUAUGCUUCAAAGACGUUCCUUGGAGGUGGGGAAUGGGAUCACUGGGGAUAUUCACCAAUGUUGGCCUUGCUUGGAGUGAUGGCCUUGAUUUAGGAUCACGGUGAUGAUUUCCAUGCGACUGUGGAGUACCGAAAAAAAAAAAACAAUGUAUAAUCAAUCAUAUUCUAUUGGUUUUGUAUUUUGUCGCAGCCUUUAAAAAUCACUGGAUUUCGAAAUCAG